AUGGCGGCCGAGUCCUUCAACGGCGAACGAUACAACAGAAAGAUCACGUACCACGACCGAGAGUAUCAAGAUUACGCCUUGAGGCGUGAAGCCUAUCUUGCUCCCAUUGAUCUGGAGGAAGAAACUCGACUGAGGGAUCAGCAUGAAAUGAUGAAGAUGAUAUACCGUGAUUGGGAUAACUCGUUGCACCCAAAUUUCAUCCAAGAUCCAGAGUCAAUACUUGAUUGCGGCUUUGGCUCAGGAAAUUGGGCAUCCGAUCUUGCAGAAUAUGAUCCAAAUUGCACAGUCAUGGGAGUCGAUAUUUGUCCUUUGAUGGCCCCUCCAGAUCAACCGGACAACAUGGAUCUCCAGAUCGCCAACCUCAACGAGCGCAUGGACUUCGCCGAGCCGGGAACCUUCGACCUUAUCCAUUCGAGGUUUGUCGCCGGUGGCAUCGCGGCAACCAGGUGGCCGAACUACCUGCGGGACAUGCAUCGCCUGCUGCGGAAGAACGGUUGGGUUCAGUUGACAGAAUGGGAUCUUCAUUUCCGUUCCGAAAUCGGUGAUAUGGAUGCCCUCCAAGCUCUCCAAGAAUGGAGCAGGCUGUAUACCCAGGCCCUUGGUUUAGCGACCCGUCCAGAAGGCAAAAAGAGCUUGCGGGUUACGCAGGACUGCGAGACCUGGCUGCGCAUGGCCGGGUUUGUCAAUGUGAGCACAGACGUCAGGGACAUUGCGACGUGUCCCUGGCCUGCCGAUCCUCACCAGCGAAGCAUUGGCGAAGCCAACCUAGCCAACAUGAGAGACCUGGUACGCUCGUUGGGAUUGUACCCCAUAACCCAUCGGCAAUUGCGCAGCAUCGAGGAGUUCCAGGUUCUCGUGGACCAUGCAUGCGCUGAACUUGGUAAUGUCAAUGCCAAACCCUAUAUCCGACUGUACACUGUCUUUGGGCGGAAGCAGUAG